UGUAUUCUACACAAGCCCAAACGUGGGCUGUGGUUUACAUGUCCGAAUAGCUGUGUUUAUCUAUGUUUUAAGUUGUUGACGGUAAUAAUUUUGAAUUGAUCACAUCCCCUGGGUCAUCGAUAUGGCGUUGUACGUCAAAGCAGCAGAAAUUCUUGAUAAAUUCGAGCGGAAACAAGGAGCUGUGAAGACUUUGGUGUACGACAGUAAGUUUCAGAACAUCAAACAGCUUUUUGCUCUGGUGUGCGAAACACAGAAGUAUUCAUCAGUGAUACAAGAGAUUAUUGACACCACAAAGCUGCUCAAAGAAACCAAGCUGCGAAUCAGUCUCGCUAAGGUCCUAGUCUACGAUCUGCUCUUCGGCCAAGGACUGAAAUGUGGGGGGAACUGGAAGACUAUGAUGCUGAAACAGCGAUCACGCCUCCAAGCGGCCCUGGCAAGAAUGAAGGUGAAGCAGAAAGUCAGCCGCAACGAAGACCUCCUGCCAGCCAAUGUCAAGAAUGCAGGGGAUCAGCUACCAAGGUACGUGCGAGUGAACACCUUGAAGACGACUCAGGAGGAUGUCAUUGACUACUUCAAGAGAGAGGGCUUUGGCUACCAGGGACAUGCUUAUGGGAUUCAGGAUUUGUCUGGGCUCUCCGGUAAAGAAUUUAUCAGUGACCUUCACCUCCCGAAUCUACUGGUUUUCUCAGCCAAAACGGAUUUCCAUGACCAUUACCUGUAUAAGGCGGGCCACAUCAUUCUUCAAGACAAGGCUAGUUGUCUGCCAGCCUUUCUCCUGAAUCCCCCCACUGGUAGCCAUGUCAUCGAUGCCUGUGCAGCACCUGGCAACAAGACCAGCCACCUCGCCGCUCUCAUGGGCAACAAAGGGAAGCUGUUUGCUUUCGACCUGGAUGCCAAGCGCCUGUCCACCAUGAGCACCCUGUUACUCAGAGCUGGAGUCACAUGUCAUCGGCUGGCCAAUCAGGACUUCCUGAAAGUGAACCCGCAGGAUGCAGAUUACAGAGACGUGAAGCACAUCCUAUUGGACCCUUCAUGCAGUGGAUCAGGAAUGGUGUGCCUGCGUGACGGGAGCUCGGAGCAGCCGGAGGAGCAGACGCAGGAAGCAGACGCGCAGCAGGCCAGUCGUCUGGCGGCCCUGUCCGCAUUCCAGCAGCGCUGCCUCCUCCACGCCCUCAGCUUCCCACAGGUGCAGCGCGUGGUCUACUCCACCUGCUCCAUACACAGCCAGGAGAACGAGCAGGUGGUCACCGCCUGCCUGCAGCAGAACCCAAACUUCAGGUUGGUUCGUCUUCUUCCACAGUGGCCAGAGCGGGGGCUGCCCCCACACACACACUGCCUGCGGGCCAGCACCACCAAGACUCUCACCCACGGCUUCUUUGUUGCCAUGUUUGAACGGCACAGCAACGGAACUCAAACCAUCACCACCCAGCAACCAGCAACAACACCCACACAAACUCCUCCAGAGGUUGCUACACCUGCAGUUGAUACUGCUGCUAAGAUGGAGGAGGAUGAUCCUGAUCCUCAGGAGGAGCCUUGCUCUCCACAUGAAGAAGAGCAGGAGGACUCUAAACAAGACGCACCCAAGAAGAAAAGGAGGAACAGGAACAGGAACAGGAAGAAACAAAAGACUGCAGAACAGAACAGCUGUUGAACACAGCUGUAGUUGCCUGGCAGUGACUGUUUGUGGUCCAGGCAGACUACAUCGCAAGACUAAAAACACACUGCUACUAAACCAACAGGCUUUUGAAAAAAAUGUUUAUAGUAACAGUAUGUCUAAUACAUUAUGUGCAAUGUUUGUGUCAAAUACAGUCCAUUGUAACAAAGUUUUUGUUUUUUAUUAAAACAGAAUAUGAGCA